AUGGCGAAGAACACCUCAAAGAGAGGUAAGAAACCCAAAAUUUGUGACUCGACUUAUCGUAUUCUCCAUGUGAAUGCAAAAUACCCCGGAAGAUCACACGACAGUUUCAUAUGGAAUAACAGUCGUGUUCUUACAACAAUGAAACGAUUACAUGCUAUAAAUUAUGGAAAUUCAACGUUUGGAAAGAUCCGGAAAUUUCGUCAGAAACUCGAGGGUGACUUUGGUUAUGGCUUAAGGCCCUGGUUACUGACACCUAUCAAUCACCCUAAUUCUGGACCUGAAGAGCGAUACACUCGUCGGAUAUCCCACAUCAGGUCAAUCAUUGAGAGAGUCAAUGUAAUUCUGAAGAUGCGAUUCAUGUGCCUUUUGAAGGAAAGAGUUCUGCACUACGAUCCUGCUUUUGCAUCAAAAAUAAUCAAUGCUUGUGUAGUUUUGCACAAUAUGUGCAUCGCUAAUCACCUCUCACCACCUGUAAUGUCAGCGGAGGAUGAUGAUGAUGUGGAUUUUGGACUGCACAGACAAUUCCCAGAGAUUGGAGAAGAACAUGCAGUGAGAAGAGUUAACCCUGAGGUGGCAAGGGGAAGGCUACGCCAACGUCAAAUCAUUUAG